UCCAUCCUAAGGGAAUCUUUAUAGUCCUCGGGAUCGCGCAUUCUGCACGAGUCUCCAAUUUUGUUUAGCAAAUAGAAAACAAAAAGGCACAGAACAGAGGCUAGACUGAAAUCAAUCGGAAGGUUCUUCACAAUGGCGUCUCAGAAGGCGAUCGGUUUUGUCGGCGUUGAUGAGUUCAGCUUGGAGAUGGCGCAUUCUGCGAUUCGCCGUGGAUACGGUGUGCGAGCUUUUGAGAUAAAUAAUCCUGUCAUUGAAGAAAUCGUGAAGCUUGGAGGAGUGAGAUGUUCAAGCCCAUCGGAAGCUGGGAGAGAUGUAACAGCUCUAGUUAUCCUAAUAUCUCACAUAGAUCAAACUAAUGAUCUCAUUUUUGGAGAUGAGGGUGCUUUGAAAGGUCUAAAACCAGAUACUGUUCUUAUUCUCCGUUCCACCUUAUUACCAUCAUUUCUCCAUAAACUGGAGAAGGAUCUAGCAGAAAUUCAUGAGAUUGCUUAUGUUGUUGAUGCAUAUGUCUCUUAUGGGAGAUCUGAUGCUUUGAAUGGAAAAGUCAUCAUUGCAUCAUCUGGAAGACUAGAUGCAAUUGCACGUGCACAUCAUAUUCUUACUGCAAUGUGUGAAAAGCUCUUCACUUUUGAGGGUGAAAUUGGUGGUGGCAGCAAGGUUAAAAUGGUCAAUGUGAUGCUGGAAGGCAUUCAUUUCAUCAAUGCAGUGGAGGCUCUCUCUCUUGGUGCCAAAAUUGGAAUUCAUCCUUGGAUAAUCUAUGAUAUAAUUUCCAAUGCUGCAGGAAAUUCAUGGGCGUUCAAGAAUUAUUUACCCCUUUUGUUGAAGGGAGAGGUUAAUCUUCAAAUUCUGAACACUUUUAUUAAGGAGUUGGUAAGAUUAAUGAAGAUCUGAACAAUUAUAUAUUUAAUUGUUUUUUUGUCAUAUUUGAUGAUUAUAUGAUUACAUCAAAAUCAGAAGUAGUCUACCAUGGUUUGAUUAAUAAUACUUUUAUAGUAGAAACCUCACAAAUAAGAAUUUUCCAAAUGGAAACAAUCCAUUCAAAUGGUUUCUUCUGGUAAAAUUGUUUCUAUUUGCCUCAUCAGUAGAAAAAUUUCAAAUGGAAACUAUCCAUACAGAUUGUUUCUUCGUUUAUCCUUUCAAUUCAGUGGAUUUCAUGUUGAUUCUUGUCUUUGUUUGUUCCG